AUGGCAAAAGGGUUGGCCUUUGUAGCCUUGUCAUUGAUCAUAGGUGUUCUUCAAUCAGCAAAUGCGGAGGUUCCGGCCAUCUUCAUACUAGGAGAUUCUACAGUUGAUGUUGGGACCAAUAAUUACUUGCCUGAUAGUAAUAUAACGGCUAAUUUCCCGCACAACGGGGUUGAUUUUCCUUUCCAAAGAGCAACUGGAAGAUUCAGCAAUGGCCUCAAUACUGCUGAUUUUCUUGCUAAAUACUUUGGUUUCAAGAGAAGUCCAGUGAGCUUCCUGUCUCUAAACGGGACACUUGCUAUUAAGAAACGUAAAUUUAGGGGUGUAAACUUCGCGUCAGCUGGAUCUGGCCUUCUCGACAUUACCGGACAAACAUCGACCCAGAAAGCGAAUGUUGUCCCAAUGGGGGAGCAGGUAUACCAAUUCUCUAUGGUCUACAAUGAUCUAGUGGCAAGCAAAGGUACAUCCGAAGCACAAAACUUCCUCGCAAAAUCUCUUAUCUUCAUCAGCGUUGGUAGCAAUGACAUUGUGGGGAAUCACUAUUCGAAGAACCCGAUACCUAAAGAACAGUUCAUACCCAAUUUAGCAGUCGUGUACGAAAAGCACUUGAGGAACCUAAUUAGUUUCGGGGCAAGGAAGUUUGGCGUAAUAAGUGUUCCACCAGUCGGGUGUUGCCCAUCACAAAGGGUUUCGGCCAACGGUGAAUGUUUGAAGGAGUUAAACGACCAAGCCGAAGCUUUUUUUUCAACAAUGGACACCCUAAUGCGCAACCUCAGCUACGAAAACAAGGACAUUAAGUAUUCUCUUGGAAAUGCAUUUAACAUCACAAAACCCAUUAUUGAUAACCCUCAAAAUUCCAGUUUUACAGAUGUCAAAAAUGCUUGUUGUGGAAACGGUACACUUCCUUGCACUCCCUUAGCAAGCCUUUGCUCAAAUCGCCAUAAAUACUUGUUCUGGGACAUGUUCCACCCCACACAAGAUGCUUGCAGAUUGGUAGCUUCUAUCCUCUUCAUUGGUGAUUCAAGAUUCGCAACUCCUAUAAACUUUUCUCAACUAGCAGAGGCUUAA